GCUGGUGGUGGUGAAAGAAGACAAGCCAGGAAGUAAGGCGCACUAGUGACCCCUCUCCUGCGGUCCUCACUUACUUCUCAGCUCACCCUCGCUUUCCUGCCAUUUGGAAUCGGAGAGAGUCUUCAGGGAGCCCCGAGCCUGGACAGCCAGUGAGGAGUGCUCAGCUCUGUCUUGUGGUGGUGUGAGGGGCUGAACCUGGAACUUUGAAGCCUCAGGGGCCAUACUGUCCAGUGAAGAGGCUGUGCUGCUAGGUUUAAACAGAGUCACAAGCUAUUGCUGUGAUUGAUCUUCCAUUUUCUGGCCUGAAAGACAUUCAGGGAAAGAGGAAGAGAUGGCAGUUUCUUGGGGCUCAGUGACCUAUGAAGAUGUAGCCGUGAUAUUCACUCCAGAGGAGUGGGCACUAUUGAAUCCUUCAGAGAAGAAACUCUACAGAAAUGUGAUGUGUGAAAACUUGAGGAACUUUCUUUCACUAGAGAAAAUACAAGAACAUUCCUCUGAAGAGUUGUAUAACUUGCAUGGGAGUAAACGAAGUAAUGCAGCAGUGAAAAUCUCUGAGGGCAAAAAAAGUCAGAAUGCUAGAAAAUUUCAAGAAUGUGAAGUAUACAACAAAUUAUUCACUUAUUCUAUUCAUCUUCAAAAACAUGAAAGAAUUUACAGAGGAGAGGAACCCUAUGAAUGUAGACUGUGUAGUAAAACAUUCAGUCGUUCCGGUAGUCUUCGAAAACAUAAAAGAAUUCACAAUGGAGAGAAACCUUAUGAAUGUAAACUAUGCAGUAAAACAUUCAGUUAUUCCAGUAGUCUUCGGACACAUGAAAGAAUUCACAGUGGAGAGAAACCCUAUGAAUGUAAACUAUGUGGUAAAACAUUUGGGCAAUCCUGUCAUCUUCGGACACAUGAAAGAACUCACAGUGGAGAGAAGCCCUAUGAAUGUAAACUAUGUAGUAAAGCAUUCAGUUGUUCCAGUACUCUUCAGACACAUGAAAGAAUUCACAGUGGAGAGAAACCCUAUGAAUGUAAACAGUGUAGUAAAACAUUCAGUUAUUCCAGUAGUCUUCAGACACAUGAAAGAACUCACAGUGGAGAGAAACCUUAUGAAUGUAAACUAUGUAGUAAAACAUUCAGCUGUUCCAGUGCUCUUCGGACACAUGAAAGAAUUCACAGUGGAGAGAAACCCUAUGAAUGUAAACAGUGUAGUAAAACAUUUGGGCAAUCCAGUCAUCUUCGGCGACAUGAAAGAACUCACAGUGGAGAGAAACCCUAUGAAUGUAAACUGUGUAGUAAAACAUUCAGUUGGUCCAGUAGUCUUCAGACACAUGAAAGAAUUCACAGUGGAGAGAAACCUUAUGAAUGUAAACUGUGUAGUAAAACAUUCAGGCAAUCCAGUCAUCUUCUGCAGCAUGACCGAACUCACAAUGAAGAGAAACCCUAUGAAUGUAAACUAUGCAGUAAAACAUUCCGACAUUCCAGUCAUCUUCAGAUACAUGAACAAAUUCACAGUAGAAAGAAACCUUAUGAAUGCAAACUAUGUAGUAAAACAUUUGGGCAAUCCUGUUCUCUUCACCAACACGAAGUAACUCACAGUGGAGAGAAACUCUAUGAAUGUAAACAAUGUAGUAAAACAUUCAGGCAAUUCAGUGCUCUUCAGACACAUGAAAGAAUUCACAGUGGAGAGAAACCCUAUGAAUGUAAACUAUGCAGUAAAACAUUCCGUCAUUCUAGUAGUCUUCAGAUACAUGCACGAAUUCACAGUGAUCAGAAACCCUUUGAAUGUAAAGUCUGUAGUAAAACAUUCAGCCGUUCCAGUUGUCUUCGGGCCCAUGAACGAACUCACAGUGGAGAGAAACCCUAUGAAUGUAAACUGUGUAGUAAAACAUUUAGUUUUUCCAGUAGUCUUCGGAUACAUAAAAGAAUUCACAGUGGGGAGAAACCAUAUGAAUGUAAACUAUGUAGUAAAACAUUCAGGCAAUCAGGUAAUCUUCGGACACAUGAAAGAAUUCACAGUGGAGAGAAACCCUAUGAAUGUAAACAAUGUAGUAAAACAUUCGGGCAAUUCAGUGCUCUUCAGACACAUGAAAGAAUUCACAGUGGAGAGAAACCCUAUGAAUGUAAACUAUGUAGUAAAACAUUCCGUCAUUCCAGUACUCUUCAGAUACAUGAACGAAUUCACAGUAGAGAGAAACCCUAUGAAUGUAAACUAUGCAGUAAAACAUUCAGGCAAUCCUGUUCUCUUCAGCAACAUGAACUAACUCACAGUGGAGAGAACCCCUAUGAAUGUAAACAGUGUAGUAAAACAUUCAGGUGUUCCAGUACUCUUCGAAUACAUAAAAGAAUUCACAGUGGAGAGAAACCCUAUGAAUGUAAACAAUGUAGUAAAACAUUCAGUUGUUCCAGUAGUCUUCAGACACAUGAAAGAACUCACAAUGCAGAGAAACCUUAUGAAUGUAAACAAUGAAGUAAAGCAUUCAUGGAAUCUUGUUCGCUUUAGGUACAUGAAAGAACUCACAAUGGAAAGAAACCUCAUGAACAUAAACAAUGUAGUCAAACAUUCAUUUAAGUCAAUAUUCAUUAGAGACAUGAAAGAUCUCACAGUGGAGCGAAACCCAGUGAAAGUAAAUAGCAAAGCACUGAUUCAAACCAGUCAUCUUUGUCAACAUGAAAUAACUCAGAAUGGAGAGAAAUUUGAUAAAUGUAAGCAGUACUGAAAAAACUCUGUUAUUCUGGUCCUUACUGUAGACAUGAAAGAAUUCACAGUGAAACCAAACCCAAGAAAGUCAUAAAGCUUUCAGAUGUUACACUACUUUUCAAGCACAUGAAAAUAUUCACAAUGGAAAUCAAUCUUUUGAGCAUAAAUCAUACUAAAGAUUAGAGAGAGAGAGAUGCAAGCUGAGUCAUGAUGCAGAGGCUAGUGGUUCAAUAUAAUAGCUCUCAGGUGUGAGUCUCUGCACUACAUGGGUUAGAGAUAUGUGCUGUUUUAUUGUCUCUCUAUUGCUCCAUGUCUCCAUCUUGUGUUAAUAUAUAAGUAAAUAUAUCUAAAUAGUUGUAGGGAUCACAGACCUAUGUGAACCCAUACCUCUGAAUAUUGUGUAAAUAUAAGGAAUAUGAGUAAGAACUUCGAUUCUUUAUCUUAAAUUCUAAUAUAUGAAAAAAUCCACUUGGUACUGAGAAGUUCCUGAUGUCAACAAUGCUUCACAGGGGAAAGGGGACCCAGGUUCAGUAGCUUGUCUAGUUCCUUGUCCUCAAGAAUCAUGAGGGGCACACCACUCAAGGGCAGGUAUGCAAUCUGAUGUUCUUCAAGCAGGUUGAAGCUCUCACAAUCUAGAGGAUUAAAGGGGAAGAACUUUUCUAUUUCUGGAUAGGUGUUGUCUGACACAGGAGCAGUGCUCUUUGCUUUAAGUCUUUUCCAUUAACUCUUGGGCAGAGAAAGUUCUGUCUCUGUAUAAGGGGUCCAUUAGUCUGCACAGGCUUUCCUGUGGUUCUGUUUAUAGUCUGCCCAUGGACUUGUGUAUUCUGCUGCCCCCUUCCCUAAAUACUCCUUACAGUCCUCCCCUGUGUGAAAAAAAAGUCACAGGUGAUGAGAUUGACGUUCCUCUAACUGCAGUAACUGGACAAGGCUCUCUCCUGCAGAUGCAUUUCCCAGACUGUCCUUCUCUGCUGCACUGCAGGAUAGGCAGCUCCCCAAGGAUAAGUGGCAGCUUCUCAUCCAGGCCCCAGGGCUCAGCUUGAUCUAGCAGUUCCUGGCAUGUCUGCAGGAGCGGGCUGCACCCAGAAGCUGUCUGGGCUGGCUUAGCCUGCUGGGGCUCACGUGGAGUGGCUCCAACCAGCGGGAUAAGCCUCUGACCCUCCCUCACCAGCUCUAGUGACUGCAUGAGUUAGAGGCAUCAGGAGAUAUUCUGGUACGAACAUCCCUUUCUUUGGAGAUGGGUACAGGCUUUUAUACUGAGUUAAAGAAAGAACAUUUUUCACAUAUGUCAGAAAUUACAGGUUUUUUAAAGGUCAGCUUGCCUCCAUGGUAGAGGGCUUGUAUGACAAGAAUUGAUGAGGUACAUAAAGAUAAAGACAAUUAGUUUCCAUGAUGCAGGCAAGUUAGUUAUCUAACGUAUUUGAGAGAAGCAUAGGGGUUAAAUCAAUAAGGUGAGGUAGAGAAGGAGAAAAACAAAGCUUGAUGUAAAUCACCGACAUCAAGGACACAAAGAAAUAGAAUAUGGGGUCUUACUGCUGGGUACUGGCCAGGAUGUAUGAUAGUGUGUUCUCCUAUAUGAUCAAGAGGUCAAGUUAUAGUGAAUUUAUGAACUUUGAAUGACUAUUGUGAACUUUGACUGAACCCUCAAGCAGCCAUGUGUCCUGCUGCUAACUGGGGGAACUAAGUGUGAGAGGCUUGUAGGCUUUCUGUGAGCUUGAGAGACUCAUAAGGAGAAACUGAUUCAGAGAGACUUUUCCCUCUUGGCUCAUCUCUAUAAGGAGAGAGGCUAACAAGUGGGGUGUCUCUCCAGACCUCCAUCCAAGGAUGGAAGACCUCCCCUCAGCUUUAACUACCUUUCACAUAGUCCCACAUUAGCCAAGACCCUCUUGCAGUCUCUUCCACACAGCUCUGCUAGCCUAGGUCCCUGACCUGGGAGGCUAGGGAACCUUAGGGGGCUCUUGUCACCCUCCAAAAUCGGCUAGUCAAGAUGGCAGGAGCCAUGAGUCCGUAGGAUGAGUUCUCAGCCUUCUGCUACAUGUGUUCAGGUCCUGGGAGGAGUACAGUGGUCAGGGAGAAGGAGAGCUUGCAGGAGCAGCUAGUGCAGCUGAGUUUGCAGGAACAGAGAGUGUGUUUCCAGCAGACACACACUAAGUCACUUCCCACACACCACACCCUUGUUGGUUUGCGUGAGUCUUAAAUAUAUGCCUAGUCAUAUCAUCAAAGUUCAUGGCGCCAGUAUGCCAGGCUAGCUUCGAGGCAGUAGACAGACGACCAGGGACACAAGGCUGAGCUGAGAACGCAGUUUAAUCUUUAUUCAUGAGCGGGCAAGCUGUCCAACAACCUAAUCACCACAUGCUCCUCAUCUUUCUCCUCAGGCGGCAGCAUCAGGAACCCAGGAAGUAUGUAGGGUAGGGGACUGGGAGAAGCAAGAAGCGCAAAAAGGCCAGGACUAAACCAGAAUCUCCCAGAGGCAGGGGGACUGAGACCAAACCAAUGUAACAGAAUGACCAUGUAAAUAGACCACAACAUCAAGCAAUGUAACAGAAGUGAUCCCAGAAGCAGAACUAGAACCAUACCAACACAGUCUGACACCAGUUGUAUGGGGAUUAUGUCCCAAAGUACAGUAUCCACACUUUGAGCUGUUCCCACCUCUAUGACACUUGGAGCGUUGUGUGUGUAGUAGAUGCCCCAGGAAUAUGCCAUCAGCAUCUGGGAGAAAUUCAGGUCCACUACUUCAACACAAGGAUAGUUGAAGCACAGAAAGGCCAAGUGACUUCUUCAAGUUCUCCUAAAUUGGUCCACACAUGCCAGGAUUAUUUUUAUUUAUUUUUAAUUUUUAAAUAACAUUUAUUUUUCCAUUUGUUGCCCUUGUUUUUUUUGUUGUUGUUGUUGUAGACACCUACAGACCUGCUUCACCACCUGUGAAGUGACUCCCCUGCUGGUGGGGAUCUGGGGGCUUGAA